AUGACCGAGCCAUCGUUCUCAAUCAACACCGAAUGGUCUAAUAAUCAUACAGUGGACGAUCAACCCAUCACAUUUCGCAGGCAAGAGAUCCCAGAAAACGUGUACAAUUUGGCUAUCGACACUGACCAGCAGUACGGUAGCAGCAUCGACAACACCUAUCACUCAUCUAGGCCCGAGUCUUUCAUGACGACACCAGAGGAGCCCGUGUAUACUCAUCCUGUGACGAGCAGGGAAUCUAGAUCCUGGACUCGUGAAUAUUUCGGCACUGCUCCUCCUGAGCAAAGAUAUUCUUCCCCUGAAGCUGUCAAUCCCACCCUCCAGUACGACCCUUCCCUUUCGCAAGGGAUUUUUGGCAACACUAUGAGAAACCAUUGGCAAGCACUUGCUCACGAUCAGACGGGGCCUGCCAGUAGCAUCUAUACUGCCAUGCCUCCAGAAGACGUUCAAUCAUAUCUAGCCAGUACCGCCAAUGAUACUAUCCGUACUAGUGCUCUUUCUCGCCAAGUAUACCCCAUAGCAACGGGCGCUGGGCAUCAUCAGUUGCAGCAGAUAGAAGGCUUACCGCUAUCAGCACAGCACUGGCCACCCACUUCCAGUGUCCAUCUCGAUGCGGCUAUGUGGCACCCCGCGCCCACUGAAAGACCCCUCUCACCACAACCCGCCUCUUGCCAAUCCUCGCGCCUCAUUCAGCCGAGCAUACAAGCUCUGGGUAAGAGGAAACGGGUCGAACGUUCAGGGGUGAUUAAAGAAGGCACAUACCGCUUUCACGAUGACACUCCUGUGGAUUUUGAUCACAACGGAUAUCAUGGAAUGUCCCCAGCCAGCGAUGUGGGUACCACCAGGACAGCAUCUUUCUCAGGCAUGUCCACCUACCAGAACAGGAUGGGUCUGGGUUACCAAGAGGGCGCAUCGUUAAACAAGGUCAUUGACUCUGAUACUGGAGGGAGCCAGGCCAUCAAUCGGUCUUUGGAGUGCAAUGGAAAGAUCGGCUUUUGUGAUCUGCAGCAUCAUUGGGUCGUGCGGCCUUUCGAGAAAAAUGAGUUGCUCGUGGCGGACUUCCUGAGCCAGGUAUUGAGUAGCCAACCACUAGGUUGGCAUAUAUACUGGAUAACCCCUACAGCUUUUGCCCCGGACUGGUGGCCAAGAAUUGAUCGUCUCUCCAAUAUUGUGCAUUCAGAACGGCAACAGCUGUAUCAAUUUCUUUCCUGCUUCCGGACACACAAUCUUGACAUACAUCAGCAUGGCACUUGUGCCAUUGCAAGGGAUGAGAUCGAAGUUGCAAAGGGCCGCCAUAAAUCUUUCAAGAAAAAUGCGCUGUUGCAUACUUUUCAGAAUGAGACUGAACAGGAUUUGACAGAUUUAGCAAAGACGGCUGAACUGAUCUUGAAUAAACAUGGAAUAGCUUGGAAGACCUCUGGUAUUGCAAGCGACUUUCCAACCGCUCAUCCAGCCCGGUACCCCCUGACACAAUCAGAUUUCCAGUCAUCUUUGUCUGGUAUCAGCAGUGUCCAGACUUCAGGGAUGGCUCGAGACUGCUCUAGCAUACUGCCAUCGUCAUUAGGUCAUGGAUUGAUUUCCUACUCUACUGAGAAGAUGACUUUUGACGUAUACGGCUCGAAUCAAGUCAAUAAUAUUGCAGUCAAAAAGCGACCAAGGAUUGCAUUGGCCGCUCCCCUUGAGUAUACCCAGCUUGCUCCUAGCAAACCGAUCAUGGGAAAACAGUGUGGAGGGGAACUUUUGGCAUGUUCCUACAGGCGGCAAGAACCUGUGCAGCUCUUGACCGGUAAACAUCUGGAACUAUUUAAGCUAAUCUACGCAGGACAGACUGUUGGAAAAGAAAUUGACUGGAAUGUUUUUGCACCAGAAUUCAGAGGUAUGGGCAAAGGCGGAUCAAGAAGUCUUGGCCAUCUGGUGCAAGAUCAUUUGCCAGACACAUCAUCACCUAGGGACAUGUCCGAUUCUCCAAGACCAGUUACAGAAGAGAGGUCUUAG